AUGUAAUAUUAUUGUUAACUGCAUUCAUUACCAUACACAUAGGUAUGUUUGUAACAUGAUUGCACAAGAAAAGGUCCACUUUGUGAUAUGUGUACUGAUACUCAUGAUACACAUUUGAUAAAAAAUCUAGAUGCUUAUAUUAAUGAAUAAAUCAAAUACCUGAAUGCUGACUAUUAAGUUAAUAUUUUGUAGAAACUUGAAUAACUUAAAACAUUUUUUCAUAGCAAAAUAUCUUAAUUAUUAAUUGAUGUUAGUCAAAUAGAUGAGAAUAGAAAAAAAGAAUUGGUGAAGCAAUUAAAAUCAGAGAAAAUGAGUAUUUAAUAAUUUCAAUAAAAAUUGAUUGAAUUAAUUCAAAGAGAUUAAUUAAAGGAUGGAGAAUAUUUAGAAUCAUUUUAUGAAUAAAUUGUUGAUAUAGAAAAAUAAUUGAAAUAAUAAUUUUCACAAUUACCAAUUAAAUAAGCUUAACCUUAAUAAAUAACAUAAAUAAUAUCAUAGUCUUCAAACAUUCUAAAUUAAUAAUCUAAUUUAUCAAUUGGCAGAGAUCUAUCUCCAGAAUUAACUAAUAGAUCAAAUAAAUCAAAUAAAUCAAAUAGAUCAAAAGAACCUAUAUUUUAAUAAAAAUAGGCUAGUAUUUCUCCUAUAAGAAAGUAGCUCUUAUAAAGAGACUUAAUGCCUGUUGGUUCAUUUAAUAAUUCAAAAUUAAAAAAUUAUUUUACAGAACAAGAUUCUCAAUAAUCAGCUAGGAGUAAAUAGGAUACAUAAAAUUCUUUCAAAAUUACAAAACCUUUUGACAUAGAUAAAUCCUUUGAGAAAGGAUAAAAUCAGGAAAGUUAUUAAUCUAAAUAAAAAUCAUAGAAUUCUUCAUUUGAAAUAUAACGACCAGUAGUACCAUUUAAAGUUAAUAAUAUGUAAACUCAUUCUAUAGAUUUAUUGCCAAAGUCUCCAGAAUCAAAAACAUUUGAUAAAUCUCCAAAGACUUUAAAGUCUCCAUAAUAACAAAGUGUUUUUAAAUAUAUUUAAUAGGAAUAACCACAUUAAACUGGUUAUUUUGCAAGUCUAAAACCUUAAACAUAAAAUGAUAAUAAAAGUUUUUAAAAAGAUAAUAAUUCUAUUCUAUAAUAUUCUACUCAAAAAGAUGAGAAAAAAUAAAAUUAAAAUUUUAUUGUUCCCAAAACAACAACAAGUGAAAUACUUAAUUAAUACUAAAUUAAUUAUACUAAUGAAGAUAAUAACUAUUAAAAUCAAAAUUCAGUAUUAAAAGACUAUUAAUAAUCUUAUGAUGAACAUUACUCUAUUUCAAAUCAACUUCUAUUUGAACCUACAGAAUAAAAUAAUAUUUAAUAAUAAAUUAGUAUUAAAUAAUCUGUUUCAUCAUAGUCUAAUUAUUAACCACAAUAAUUUAAUGAUAAUAAAUCUUAAUUAGAUUUAUCAUACAUUAGUUCAAAGUAAAUAAAAUUAACACUUUAGGUCUACAGGCCCACCUUAAGUAAAACUUAAUCUUAAUUUACAGAAUCCUUUAUCAAUAGAAAAUGAAUAAACAUUAAAAGCACAUGAUAAAAGUGUUAAAGAUCUUAAAUUAAUGGAUGAGGAUAAAAUUAUAUCCUGUUCAAAAGAUGGUUCAAUUAAAAUAUGGGAUAAGUAAUAUAUUGAAUUUUAUAAUUUAGGAGAUCGAGAUAAUUGAAAAUGACUCUUAAAGAACAUUCAGAUUAAGUAUUAUGUAUUGCAUUUUCAAAAAAAAGAAUUUUAGCUAGUGGUUCUGUUGAUAAAACUGUUCGAAUUUGGAAACCCUGUCCUUUUUGGAAAUAAGUACAUAUUUGUGAAGGACAUGCAGAUAGAAUUAGAUCAUUAGAAUUUGUUGGUAAUUAUUUAGCAUCUGGCUCAGAUGAUACGUAUGUUAAAUUAUGGAAUUAUGAUGGAUAAUUAUAACAUUCUUUUAAAACAAAUGCUAGAGUAAGUGCUUUGGCAGCUGAACGAAAUAAUCUCGUUAUUGCUACCGGAAAAAAUCUCAUUCUAUAUGAUACUUAGACUAAUAAUAAAAUAUUAGAAGUGAGUGGUCAUAAAAAUUUAAUAUUAUGUCUAGCUUUGUCUAGCAACAAUUCUUAAAAUAAUGGAAUUUUGAUUAGUGGGUCAAAAGAUAAUUGUAUAAAAAUAUGGUAGUAUCCUAAAUUUUAAGAGUUGAGGAGUCUUGAAGAAGAUUAUUCUGUUCAUUCUAUUAGUUUUGAUCCUGAUUCUCAAUAUCUCUUUGCUGGACUUAUGGGAUUUGAACAAGAAGGAAAAAUAACAAUUUGGAAAUUAGAUACAUAACCAUAAAAAGUUUAAGAGGUUACUAUUAAUCCUUAUGGGUGCAAUAAAGUUCUUUCGGAUGGCAAAUAUUUAUAUAGUGCACAUGAAAAUAAAAGAAUUGAAUUCUAUACUAUUAAUUGA